CGACGUUUUGCUCAAGAACCCCCGACUACUCUACCACCAUGUCCGCCAAGAUUGUCAAGCCGGAGGGCCAGACCGCCGACGAGUUCGAGCUGCAGGUUGCUCAGGAGCUCACCAACCUCGAGCAGUCCGCUGCCGAGAUCAAGAACGACCUCAAGGACCUGUACAUCACCGCUGCCAAGCAGGUGGACAUCUCGUCCGGCCGCAAGGCGAUCGUCAUCUUCGUGCCCUUCCGUCUGCACGCUUCGUUCAAGAAGAUCCAGGCUCGCCUCGUGCGCGAGCUGGAGAAGAAGUUCUCGGGCCGUCACGUUGUGAUCAUCGCUCAGCGUACCAUCCUGGGCAAGGGCUACUCGCGUGCCAACCACGGCGCCGGACCCCGCCCUCGCUCGCGCACGCUCACCCACGUGCAGGAGCAGAUCCUUGAUGACCUCGUGUUCCCCACCGAGAUCGUCGGCAAGCGCACCCGCUGUCGCCUUGACGGCUCGAAGCUCCUUAAGGUGCAGCUGGACCCCAAGGACCAGGUCAACGUCGAGACCAAGCUUGACACCUUCGCCACUGUGUACAAGAAGCUGACCAACAAGGACGUUGUGUUCGAGUUCCCGGUGCUGGAGUAAGCUAGCGGUUGAGUGUGGGCUCUUUGUCUUGGAUGUUUCCUCUUUUCUAGGAGAUUAAUGAGCAGAGAGCUACCUCCCGCUAGGUAGUUUAUACAUGAGCAAGACGCCUUCCAAUGCCAUAGGCGAGUAAUUCGUGGAAUAACACUCAAUUCUGGCAGAAA